AUGUCCGCCACAACUGCUUCAACCCCUGAGACCAUCCGCGACGAUGUCAAGGUCGCCGAGGUUAAGCCCGUCAACCAAACCAUUGCUCAAAUUCGCUCUCUUGUCGCAGGUGCUGCAGGUGGUGUUUGUGCGGUAGUUGUUGGGCACCCGUUCGACCUGGUUAAGGUGCGGUUGCAGACGGCAGAGAAGGGUGUUUACUCGGGUGCAAUUGAUGUUGUGAAGAGGACAGUGGCCCGUGAGGGUCUGGCUCGCGGUCUGUAUGCUGGAGUUUCUGCUCCUUUAGUGGGAGUUACUCCGAUGUUUGCUGUCAGCUUUUGGGGUUAUGAUUUAGGAAAGACGCUUUAUACCAUCGGCCAGAUCUCCGCUGCCGGUUUCUUCUCGGCAAUCCCUAUGACACUGAUCACCGCUCCCUUUGAGCGCGUGAAGGUUCUCUUACAGAUCCAGGGCCAAAACCCCCCGCCGCCGGGACAGAAGCCCAAGUACUCCGGUGGAGUGGAUGUGGUUCGGCAGCUGUACAAGGAGGGUGGCAUUCGCAGUGUCUUCCGUGGAAGCGCAAUGACUUUGGCCCGCGAUGGUCCAGGAUCGGCCUGUUACUUCGCUGCUUAUGAAUACAUUAAACGCACAUUGACGCCCAAGGACGCAAAUGGAAACGUCACCGGUGAAUUGUCUAUGCCUGCGGUUUUGGCAGCCGGCGGUGCUGCGGGUGUCGCCAUGUGGAUUCCCGUCUUCCCCGUCGAUACGAUCAAGUCUCGGCUCCAGAGUGCAGAGGGACGGCCCACAAUCGGUGGUACUAUUCGCUCUGUCUACGCUAGCGGCGGCCUCAGGGCGUUCUUCCCUGGAUUUGGCCCUGCCUUGGCCAGAGCCGUUCCUGCCAACGCGGCCACUUUUGCGGGAGUUGAGAUUGCUCACAAGCUUAUGAAGAAAAUGUUCGAUGAGUAA